UUUACCAAACCCCCCAAACCCUAUAAUCAUUAAACCCUACAUUUUCACCUCCCAACAUUCCCCAAUGGCCUCUCACUACCAACCUCACCACCACCAACACCACCCUCCCACCACCACCUCUUGCUGCUGCACCACCUCCUACUCCUCCUCCUCCUGCUGCACCCAAUACCCUCCACCUCACUCUUCCCCUGACCCACUUCUCCAAGCCAUUGCCUCCCAAAUCCUCAUCUCCAACCCCCCAGAUCCCUACAUCCACCACCACCACCACCCCCAAAACCCUCACAAAACCCAAAAAGCCCCCAACAACCCGAAACACCGUCCCGACAUCCUAGAACGACAGCAACUCCACUCUCUUGUCUCUAGAAUCGAAGCCCUAGAAGCUUCUCUCCACCACCACUCCUCCAACCGCUCUCGCUCUUCCGACUCCUACUCCCUCAGAGACUACGCUGCUCGCGUCAUCCAGACCCAUUUCCGGACCUUCCUCGUUCGCCGAUCCAGGACUCUCCGGCAGCUCAAAGACCUCGCCUUUAUCAAGUCCUCCUUCGCCUCUCUCAAGUCCUCCAUUUCCAACCGUACCCACUUCGACUUUCACUCUGUUUCUCACAAAGCAAUGGCUCUGCUCAUCAAGCUCGACUCUGUUCAGUGUGGUGAUCCGAUUGUUAGAGAUGGGAAGAGGUCUAUUAGUAGAGAUAUAGUUCGGUUCUUAGAAUUUAUUGAAGGGAUUGUGGUGAAAAGGCAGGCGAUUUGUGUGAAACCGGUGAAGAAUGUGAGGUCGAAUGUGAGGCCUGUGCAGAAUGUGGACAAGUCGAGGGGUUCGGGUAGCAAAUGUGGAGGAUCGGGGAGGGAUCAGAGGGAGAUGAUUGGGAAAUUGAGGGAGAGGAUUGAGAAGAUUCGCGGGUUUGCUAGAGUUUCGGAGAAUGAGGAGGAGGAUGUGGAGCUGGAGGGGUUUGAACAUGUGAGUGAUGAUGAUGAGGAAAAUGUAGGUCAAUAUGAAAAGGGGCAGGAGGUGAAGAGGCACGGUUUGCAACCUAAGGUGAAGAAGAGUGUGACAUUUGCAGAGGACGGGAAUGUGCUUAGGGUGUUUAGCAACAGUGAUGAAACGGUUUCAAGUGGUGAUGGGAGUGAUUCCAGUGACGAUCAUGGUGAGCGGGUUGGGAACUUUAGUGAAGUUGAAGAUGUUAAGGGCUUUGCUUUGGGGGCUGAGGAGGAUGAUGAGGUGCACAUAGAAAUAGGUGGAUCACAGCAGACCAGUGAUGCAGAAAGAAACCCAAGAGCUAGAAUGACUCAGAGAAGAGGCCAUGGUCAGGGUCAGAAUGAGCAUUUGUUAUUCUCACCUCCUUUGCCUGUGAAGAUGGAUUCGAAAGAAGAUCUGAUGAAAAGAAACAAGGGUGUGAAGAUUGUGACAUGAAGGGUACAUCUGAGUUCAUUUAGGUUCAACAAAAUUGUGGCUAUUGGAUUGGAUUUGAUAUUAGGCCCUUGCUAUUCCACCAGUGUCAUUCUAACCAUUUAGAAUUAUCAUGAAGUAGGUUUGUAGUGUGUGUUUUCCCCGUCUUUUAGCUGUUGAGAGAUUACCUAUAAAUCUAUUGUGUAAUAUCUAACUUUCAAGUGCCUUCUCUCCUUCUCCUCAUGCCUCUGCCUC